CGAACAAGAGUGAGCAAAAAAAAAAUGGCGGUCAAAAGAUGUUACUAGUUUUGCCAGGAUAAAAACAACAAUCAAAACAAACAAACACUGAUACGAUUCCAUUCCAAAUUCCACGCCAUAGAAGACGAACUCGCAAGUAGAGCUUUCCGAUAGCGGUGCAAAGGCCAAAAAAGAGCGAAAAAAGUCUUAUUCGCUUCGUCUGAGUAAAGGGCUGGGAGAGCUUUUGAAUGGCCAUGCGAUAGACAGAAGAAAUGCGAGAUGCGAAAAAAGAGGUAUUUUUAUAUAUUCCUGUCGACAAUCUGUGUGGGCACUUUCUUUGGAGCGCUGUUGCAAAAACUUUCGAAUGAUCGAAUUCCUUUCGAUAGAACACGUGUCGACAGACGAGUAUCAACAAAGUUCGGAGACAAUAGGACGAAACUCAUUUUGUUGUACACCCAGUGGUUUACAAGCCCCUGGCCUGGAAUCAAAGACAACGAAGAAGGAGUGCAAGAUACUAGCGGUAAUAUUUGCCCUGUGUCUAACUGCAGAAUUACGACUGCCAAGGGGAAUUUCCGCGCGAGCGACGCGGUCAUAUUUCACGGUGUAAUGACCCCACACGAGGUAACGUCGGGCGAGUUGUUCAAAUACAAGCCGAAAGAUCAAAAGUGGGUUUGGUAUGAGCACGAAAAUCCGGUGAAAAUGAGUAAUAAUUACGAUGUAGCGGCCUUAGAUAACAUGAUCGAUAUCACCAUUUCCUAUAAGAGGAACUCUACUAUUUUCGUGCCUUAUGGAUAUUAUGUGACAAAGGAUGAGAUCAAUAAAGAAGAUACGAACUAUGCCAAAGAUAAGGCUGUUGGCGCGCUCUGGUUUGUAAGUAACUGUUGGCCCAAACUGCGACUCCAAGUUGCUAUGAAACUGGCAAAGUAUUUUCCAGUGCAUGUCUUUGGUGACUGUGCCUGGCCAUACUUUUACUGGACACCAAACCGUUGUCCGAAGGGGGAGCCUGUGUGCAAAUCUGAACUCAACUCGAAAUACAAAUUCUACCUUGCUUUUGAGAAUUACAAUUGCCAGGAUUAUAUUUCAGAGAAAUAUUGGCAUACUUUGAUUAGAACAAACAUGGUACCAAUAUUAAUAGCUGGAGUGUAUAACAAGGAAUUGCUUAUUCCAGGCUCUUAUAUAGACGUCCUUGACUUCCCUGGACCGAAAACCCUUGCUAAUUACCUUCACUACCUCAAUUCUAAUGAUACAGCUUAUAAUGAGUAUUUUAGAUGGAGAUCCAAAUAUGAGGUGAGGCUUUGGCCUAAAGACUGGAUAUGUAAACUGUGUGAAAUACUCCACAGUAAUCACACAAAUCCACCAAUUCAUGACUUUUCCCAGUUUUGGGGGAUCAAAGAAAAUUGCUAUGCAAAUGACACUUAUAUCUACUAUAAAUGGCUAUUGGAUAGGAGUGAUACAUGAGCCUUAGAAAUGGCCAAAAUUGAAAGCUUUUUCCCUCUGAUUGACCUCAUUUUCAGCUUGGCCUUUUUUUAUAACUGACAUUAUUUAUAUUCAAUAUUAUUUUGAAAAAAUAUCAAAGUUGUAAUAACUUUAAUUCAAGUGAAUGGGACACAGACAGUAAUUGGUGACGGUUACAAGCUUAAUGCGAUGAAAUUAAUAAAAGUACAGUAGUACUGUAUAAUAAUAAUAA